AUGUUCCCCCCACAGGUGGGCAAUCUAAACAUUGAGGCCCUCAGCGGCAUCUGUGGUUCGAUCUCCCUUGUCUGUUGGGUAGUGGUUUUUUCUCCACAGAUCAUUGAAAACUUCCGACGUGGUUCCGCAGAUGGCCUCUCGCUGCUUUUCCUCAUUGUUUGGUUGGCUGGUGAUGUCUUCAAUAUCCUGGGAGCCGUCAUGCAGGGUGUCCUGCCAACCAUGAUUAUCUUGGCUGUUUAUUACACAUUGGCAGAUAUCGUUUUGCUGGGACAGUGCUUCUACUACCGUGGAUUUAACAUUAAAGAGGAAUUUUCUUCUUCUCCAACCCCCGAGCCUGCUGCCUCUGGCGCACUAGAUGGCCCUGGUGAGGGUACUGAUUCUGCCCUGGUACCAACUGAACAAUCAGCCCUGCUGCCAAAGCCCAAUGGUCACGUUAGAAUCCAGGAGCCGUCUGUACCUGGCAACGGUGAUCAACAUGGACGGCGUCAUUCCGCGACCUCAUUUCGGGAUAUCUUGCAUUCUGUUGAUGGCACGCAUCUCUCCCCCGCGACGCCUCUCAUUGACGCAAGUAUCACUGCUGCUGCUCUUGCGCGUCGACGCCAACGCCGAAUCUCCACAAUUCAGGCUAUUCUGUUCAAUACCACUGCCAUUGCCCUCGUCUGCACUGCAGGCGUAUUAGGGUGGUACUUUAGCCCGGCUACGAAGAAAUCAAGCUCGGAACCUGAGCCUCUCACUAUGGAUACACUGGGCCAAGUAUUCGGAUACCUAUGCGCUGCUUUGUAUCUCGGCUCUCGUCUUCCUCAAAUUCUUUUGAAUUUCAGACGCAAAUCUACCGAUGGUGUCUCUUUUCUUUUCUUCCUAUUUGCUUGCAUUGGCAAUCUGACCUAUGUGCUAUCUAUCCUGGCAUAUUCUCCCGUUUGUCGGGGCUCCAAUAAUGUGGAUGUUACUUCUCACCACCAUGCUAAGUGUGGGCCGGGAGAGGCUACCGCUAUCUACGGGCGGUAUAUCUUGGUCAACCUGUCGUGGUUGAUUGGCAGCUUUGGAACACUACUAUUGGACGGAGCGAUCUUCGUGCAAUUUUUCUUGUACCGCGAUGCCAAGGACAUUGAUGAAUACGAUCAAUAG